AUGUCUGGAAAGGGAAAAGCCGCUACUGGAGGCCGUGGUAAGAAGGGAAAGGGAAGCACCCGUUCGUCUAAGGCCGGUCUGCAGUUCCCCGUGGGUCGUGUUGCCCGUUACCUGAAGAAGGGACGCUACGCUCAGCGCGUCGGAGGUGGCGCUCCGGUCUACAUGGCCGCUGUUCUUGAGUACCUUUGCGCUGAAAUUCUCGAGCUUGCCGGCAACGCCGCUCGCGACCACAAGAAGACGCGUAUCAUCCCCCGCCACAUUCAGAUGGCCGUCCGCAACGAUGAGGAGCUGAACAAGCUUCUGGGCGACGUGACCAUCGCCUCGGGUGGUGUGAUGCCCAACAUUCACUCCGUGCUUCUGCCCAAGAAGUCGGCUUCGGCUGGCAAGAAGGGCAAGUCGUCGGCCUCGCAGGACUACUAA